AUGGCCUCGAACAUCGAUAUCAAAGCCACGUCGUGGAAACUCGUGGAGGUCGGCCGUGUGGUCCUCAUUCGCCGCGGACCAUACACCGGCAAGCUGGCCACGAUUGUUGAGAUCAUUGACCACAAGCGGGUGCUCAUCGAUGGUCCCUCGACCCAGGAGGAAAAGACUGUCCCCCGUCACUCGCUUGCUCUCUCUCACGCCACCCUCACUCCCUUCGUCAUUCCCAAGCUUCCUCGCGCCGCCGGCACUGGCCCCGUUCGCAAGCUCUGGGAGAAGGAGGACAUUGACAACAAGUGGGCUUCCAGCACCUGGGCCAAGAAGACUGCUCAGAGUGAGCGACGGAAGAACCUGACCGACUUUGAGCGCUUCAAGGUUCUGCGAUUGAAGAAACAGACUCGCUACGAGGUCCAGAAGGCUAACGCCAAAAUCAGAGCCUCUGCUUAG